GCGCAGGCCCAAGCGGACUGGGGACGCGGAGGCAGUUGGCGGUGGCUGUCGGAAAGUCCUGGCAGGACGGGGAGGGACUGCGGCGGACAUACCGGUCCCACGGGCAAAAGCAGAGACCGCGGUUUUAGGCGGCCGUUCCAACGCGUGCUCUCUGGGCGGGGUGCGGCGGGGGAUGUGCCUGCCCAGGCCGGGCGGAGUCUCUCUGACAGGGCGGGGGAUGCGCGGCCGCCGCUCUCUCGGACCCUGAGGCGGCUGGGCCCACCCUCGCGGAUCCAUCCUACCCCACGGCGGUCUCGGCCUCUGCUUUCUCCGGCCCGACCCUGGAAACCGAGGUGGGGAAGCGGCUACCGCCGAAGAGGAAGGGGCUGUGGUGGCCACCGCGGCGCAGCCAGAGGUCUUUUGCCAAGAAAAUGGUUUGCCCAGUUCUGAACACCUACUGUCCUUUCUGAUGGGACAAGAUCCAAUAUGAAUGUAAGUGAUGGAGGAAGACGACGCUUUGAAGAUAAUGAACACACAUUACGAAUAUAUCCUGGAGCAAUUUCAGAAGGAACAAUUUACUGUCCAAUUCCUGCCAGAAAAAACUCCACAGCUGCUGAGGUGAUUGACUCUCUUAUAAACAGACUUCACCUAGACAAGACAAAAUGCUACGUUUUAGCAGAGGUAAAGGAAUUUGGUGGAGAAGAAUGGAUACUCAAUCCAACCGACUGUCCAGUUCAACGAAUGAUGUUGUGGCCCCGAAUGGCUUUGGAAAAUCGCUUGAGUGGAGAAGACUACCGCUUUCUUCUGAGAGAAAAAAACCUUGAUGGAUCAAUUCAUUAUGGUAGCCUCCAGUCAUGGCUACGGGUAACCGAAGAACGACGCAGGAUGAUGGAACGGGGCUUUCUUCCACAGCCUCCACAGAAAGACUUUGAUGAUUUAUGUAGCUUGCCUGAUUUGAAUGAGAAAACUCUAUUAGAAAACCUACGGAAUCGCUUUAAGCAUGAAAAAAUUUAUACUUAUGUCGGCAGUAUUCUAAUAGCUAUUAACCCAUUCAAAUUUCUUCCUAUUUAUAACCCUAAAUAUGUCAAAAUGUAUGAUAACCACCAGUUGGGAAAACUGGAACCUCACAUAUAUGCUGUGGCAGAUGUAGCUUAUCAUGCUAUGCUUCAGCGCAAAAAGAAUCAGUGUAUUGUGAUUUCAGGAGAGAGUGGUUCUGGGAAGACUCAAAGCACAAACUUUCUUAUUCACCACCUUACUGCCCUCAGUCAGAAAGGAUUUGCCAGUGGAGUAGAACAGAUUAUUCUUGGAGCUGGACCAGUACUUGAGGCCUUUGGAAAUGCAAAGACAGCUCAUAAUAACAAUUCAAGUCGUUUUGGCAAGUUUAUUCAAGUAAAUUACCAAGAAACGGGCACUGUACUUGGGGCUUAUGUUGAAAAAUAUCUUCUGGAAAAAUCUAGACUUGUUUAUCAAGAGCAUAAUGAGCGGAACUAUCAUGUAUUCUAUUACCUCCUCGCAGGAGCAAGUGAAGAGGAGAGGUUAGCAUUCCACCUUAAACAGCCCGAGGAAUAUCAUUUUCUCAACCAGAUAACAAAGAAACCCCUCAGACAGAGCUGGGAUGAUUAUUGCUAUGAUUCUGAGCCGGAUUGCUUCACAGUGGAGGGAGAAGAUUUGAGACAUGAUUUUGAACGCUUACAAUUGGCCAUGGAAAUGGUAGGAUUUCUUCCCAAGACACGAAGACAGAUUUUCUCUCUUCUCUCAGCAAUACUACAUUUGGGUAAUAUCUCAUAUAAAAAGAAGACCUAUCGGGAUGAUUCUAUUGAUAUCUGUAAUCCUGAAGUACUGCCCAUUGUCUCAGAAUUAUUAGAAGUUAAAGAAGAGAUGCUAUUUGAAGCAUUAGUUACAAGGAAGACAGUGACAGUGGGAGAAAAACUUAUUUUACCAUAUAAACUGGCAGAGGCUGUGACGGUGAGAAACUCCAUGGCUAAGUCUUUAUAUAGUGCUCUGUUUGACUGGAUAGUGUUUCGUAUUAAUCAUGCACUCCUGAAUAGUAAAGAUUUGGAACAAGAUACCAAGACUUUGUCCAUUGGUGUUCUUGAUAUUUUUGGGUUUGAAGAUUAUGAAAACAAUAGUUUUGAACAGUUCUGUAUUAACUUUGCUAAUGAACGCUUACAGCACUACUUUAAUCAGCAUAUCUUUAAGUUGGAGCAAGAGGAAUAUAGAACUGAAGGUAUAAGUUGGCACAACAUAGAUUAUAUUGAUAAUACUUGUUGUAUAAAUCUUAUUAGCAAAAAACCAACAGGACUUCUCCAUCUUUUGGAUGAAGAAAGCAACUUUCCACAGGCUACAAAUCAAACAUUACUUGACAAGUUUAAACAUCAACAUGAAGAGAAUUCUUACAUUGAAUUUCCAGCUGUAAUGGAGCCUGCUUUUAUCAUAAAACAUUAUGCUGGAAAAGUAAAAUACGGAGUAAAGGAUUUUCGGGAAAAAAAUACAGAUCAUAUGCGUCCAGACAUUGUGGCUCUUCUGAGAAGUAGCAGGAAUGCUUUUGUUUCUGGGAUGACUGGCAUUGAUCCUGUAGCUGUUUUCCGAUGGGCAGUUCUCCGAGCAUUUUUUAGAGCUGUAGUUGCUUUCAGGGAAGCUGGGAAAAGACAUAUUCAAAGAAAAAGUGGACAUGAUGAUACAACACCGUGUGCGAUUUUGAAAAGUAUGGACAGUUUUAGCUUUCUCCAACACCCAGUUCACCAAAGAAGCUUAGAGAUUCUGCAGAGGUGCAAGGAAGAGAAGUACAGUAUAACCCGAAAAAACCCAAGAACACCUCUUUCUGAUCUUCAAGGCAUGAACACUCUAAAUGAAAAAAAUCAACAUGAUACAUUUGAUAUUGCCUGGAAUGUCAGAACUGGCAUUCGCCAAAGCAGACUACCAACUAGCAAUACUUCCUUGCUUGAUAAAGAUGGGAUAUUUGCUAAUUCAGCAAGCAGCAAACUCCUGGAAAGAGCUCAUGGAAUUCUCACGAGAAACAGAAAUUUCAGGUCAAAACCUGUUCUUCCAAAGCACUUGCUGGAGGUAAAUUCUUUGAAGCAUCUGACAAGAUUGACCCUUCAAGAUCGAAUCACCAAAUCUCUUCUUCAUUUACACAAGAAGAAGAAACCUCCCAGUAUCAGCGCCCAGUUUCAGGCCUCCUUAAACAAGCUGAUGGAGACACUUGGUCAAGCAGAACCAUAUUUUGUAAAAUGCAUUCGCUCAAAUGCUGAAAAGCUGCCCUUGAGAUUCAGUGAUGCCUUGGUACUAAGACAGCUUCGGUACACUGGGAUGCUGGAAACAGUUAGAAUUCGCCAAUCUGGAUAUAGCUCCAAAUAUUCUUUUCAGGAUUUUGUGAGCCACUUUCAUGUACUUCUUCCCCAACAUAUUAUCCCAUCUAAAUUUAAUAUUCAGGAUUUCUUCAGAAAAAUAAAUAUUAAUCCUGAUAAUUAUCAAGUUGGAAAAACCAUGGUUUUCCUAAAGGAGCAUGAACGACAGCACUUACAAGAUCUGCUUCAUCAGGAAGUGCUUCGCAGAAUCGUGCUGUUGCAGCGGUGGUUUAGGGUCUUGCUCUCUAGGCAGCAGUUCCUUCAUUUGAGACAGGCAUCUAUUAUUAUUCAGCGGUUCUGGAGGAAUUACCUAAAUCAGAAGCAAGUGAGAAAUGCAGCUGUGGAGAAAGAUGCUUUCAUAAUGGCUAGUGCAGCUUCUCUUCUUCAAGCGUCCUGGCGUGCUCACAUAGAGAGGCAGCGGUACUUGGAGUUACGAGCUGCAGCUGUCAUUAUCCAGCAGAGAUGGAGGGAACUCUAUAGGUGUAGACACAGGGCUGCUAUCUGUAUACAGUCAAGAUGGAGGGGCUAUAGACAAAGGAAGAAGUACAAAGAACAAAGGAAUAAAGUUAUCCUGUUACAGUCAGUAUAUAGAAGAUUCAGAGCACAACAAAGAUAUAAAGCUUUAAAAGAGGAAAGGCUGAGAGAAACACAACUAGAGCAUGGACUGGUGCAUGUCAAGGCAUAUGGACCUCUAGAAAUCCAGGGGUCAGACCCUUCUGAGUGGGAGGAUCGUUCCUUUGUCAACAGAGUGAAAGCCAUAGAAGAAGGCAAAUCUGUGAUAGAGAGUAAUCGAAUUAGCCGUGAGAGUUCAAUGGACUUCUCAAAGGAGUCUCCAGACAAGCAACAGGAGAGAGGUAGAAGCCAAAGUGGUACAGACUUAGAGGGAGAUGUGAUUGUAAGACAGAGGCCCAAGUCCUUGGAGGAUCUACAUCAGAAAAAAGUAGGUCGGGCUAAAAGAGAAAGUCGGAGAAUGAGAGAAUUAGAACAAGCUAUAUUUAGCUUAGAAUUGCUGAAAGUCCGUUCUCUUGGUGGUAUGUCUCCUUCAGAGGAACGUAGAUGGUCUACAGAAUUGAUGCCUGAAGGCCUUCAAUCUCCACAGGGUACACCUGAUAGUGAGAGCUCUCAAGGGAGCUUAGAACUUUUGACCUGCGAUGAGAACCAAAAGAGCAAACCAGAGUCCCUCAUUUUAGAUGAGGGAGAAUUGAAAAUUUCACCACCCAAUACAUUUACCAAUCCAAAAUCACAAGAUAAUGCCCUUGGUGCCUCAAAUGAGACGAGCUCUACAUUAGCUGGAAAAGGAGCAUCCUCUGACUCCGAGCAUUUGAAGACUGAGACUGCAAAGGAAAAGCUUGUCUAUAGUUCUGAACCUAUCACUUGUAAACCCCAGCUGAGAGACUCUUUUGUUUCAAGCAGUCUGCCUACGUUUUUUUAUAUUCCUCAUCAAGAACCUCUGAAAACAAGUUCCCAACUUGAAACAAGUAUCCAAAGAAACAAACUACCAGAAAAAGAAGCCACUUUGAAGACAACUCUUACUCUGGAUAUUAACAGAGAAGCCAGGAAGUGUCAGUUUUCAGGAGAUCAGGUGACUCCUUUGAAUACAGAUUCUUCAUGUACUGUACUUAAGAAGUUAGAAAAGCUGAAUAUUGAAAAAGAGAAAAGGCAAAAGCAGUUACAGCAGCAGAAUGAAAAAGAAAUGAUGGAACAGAUUCGUCAGCAGACAGAUAUUUUAGAGAAGGAACGUAAGGCCUUCAAGACAAUUGAACAGUCUCGAACUGAGGCAUCUGUCUUAGCACCAUCUUUUUAUCAGCCAAGACAAAGAGUAGAAAGGCCAUGUUCUCUGCAUAUCCAAAAUACUCCAAGUAAAGGAGAAGCUGGUAUACUAGGUUCCCCAUCAGCAGUCACUAAAAGAGGUGCAGCUCUUGCCACAAAAGACAGUCCCUCUAUUCAUUUACCCCCAAAAGACCGACCUGUCACUCUGUUCUUUGAAAAAAAAGGAAGCCCAUGCCAAUCUCGAGCUGUCAAGGAAUUAUCGAAGACAGAAAGAAUGAGCACCCAACAUGAUGCUGCCUCUAAAUUCGCUAACAACCGCAGUACAGAAAGAGAACACUUUAAGUCAGCUCACUCUCACAGCCACAAAUCUGAUGACCCUUCCAGAGAAGGAAGUUCUAGAGCCAUUUUCUUCACACCAAAAGACAAUAUGACUACUCCCCUUGUACACGGUGGAAAUCCUCAAGUCCACAAACAAGAUGAACCAUCUUGGAAGCCUAAGUCAGCAGGGCCGGGGCAACAAGAGCAGGUUGCCAGACCGGCCCAUAAAAAGAAAGCGCGAAUGGCGCGGACGCGCUCCGAUUUCUUGACUAGAGGUACUUUUGCCGAUGGGGAGGGGGAUACAGAGGAAGAUGAUUACGAUGACAUUAUUGAGCCCCUUCUCUCCCUUGACCAAGCUUCUCACUCUGAGCUAGGGCCUGUAUCCAGCCUGGGUCAGGCCUCUCACAGUGACUCCGAAAUGACGUCACAACGAUUUUCUUCAGUUGAUGAACAAGCAAAGCUCCAUAAGGCUAUGUCUCAAGGAGAGAUUACAAAAUUGGCAGUAAGACAGAAGUCUUCAGAUUUGGACAUAAGACCCCAAAGAGCGAAGAUGAGAUUCUGGGCCAAAGGGAAACAAGGAGAGAAGAAGACUACUAGAGUAAAACCUGCUCCCCACUCGGAGGUCUCCUCACUCUUUGCUGGCUCAGAUGUGACACCUGCUCAUCCAUUUUCUGAUGAAUUAACUCAGUACCACCCAACGCCUCCUUUGAGUCCAGAACUGCCUGGGAGUUGUCGAAAAGAGUUCAAGGAGAAUAAGGAGCCUUCUCCAAAGGCAAAGCGCAGGAGAGGUGUGAAAAUCAGCAGUGUUGCCUUAGAUUCUGUGCACUGGCAAAAUGACUCUGUCCAAAUCAUAACAAGUGCCAACGACUUAAAAAGUAUGGAUGAGUUCCUUCUGAAAAAGAUGAAUGAGCUAGAGAAUGAAGACAGCAAGAAGGAUACAUUAGUGGAUGUUGUAUUUAAAAAAGCCCUGAAAGAAUUUCGGCAGAAUAUCUUCAGUUCUUACUCAUCUGCAUUGGCGAUGGAUGAUGGGAAAAGCAUCCGCUAUAAAGACCUGUAUGCGCUAUUUGAACAGAUUCUAGAAAAGACCAUGAGGUUUGAGCAGCGUGAUUGGAAUGAAUCUCCAGUGAGAGUUUGGGUUAACACUUUUAAGGUGUUUUUAGAUGAAUACAUGAAUGAAUUCAAGACUUUGGAUAGCACAGCUCCAAAGGUGAUUAAAACAGAAAGAAAGAAAAGGAGGAAAAAGGAAACUGAUUUGGUGGAAGAGCACAAUGGCCACAUCUUUAAGGCCACCCAGUAUAGCAUCCCUACGUACUGUGAAUACUGUUCUUCCUUGAUAUGGAUAAUGGACAGAGCCUCUGUUUGCAAAUUGUGUAAGUAUGCUUGCCAUAAGAAGUGCUGUCUGAAAACCACAGCCAAGUGUUGUAAGAAGUAUGAUCCAGAGCUGUCAUCUCGGCAAUUUGGGGUGGAGCUGUCCCGUCUGACUAGUGAAGACCGAGCUGUUCCUUUAGUGGUAGAGAAGCUCAUAAACUACAUUGAAAUGCAUGGACUUUAUACUGAAGGUAUUUACCGCAAGUCUGGCUCAACUAAUAAAAUCAAGGAGCUUCGACAAGGUCUAGAUACAGAUGCUGAAAGUGUAAACCUAGAUGACUAUAACAUACAUGUCAUUGCAAGUGUAUUCAAACAAUGGCUUCGUGAUUUGCCCAAUCCACUCAUGACUUUUGAACUCUAUGAAGAAUUCCUUCGAGCUAUGGGCCUUCAGGAAAGAAAGGAGACAAUCCGUGGUGUGUACUCUGUAAUUGAUCAGCUCUCCCGAACUCAUCUCAAUACACUGGAACGCCUUAUCUUUCAUCUAGUUAGGAUUGCUCUACAGGAAGACACUAAUCGAAUGUCCGCUAAUGCUUUGGCCAUUGUGUUUGCACCUUGCAUUCUCCGUUGCCCUGACACUACUGACCCACUACAAAGUGUCCAGGAUAUCAGUAAGACUACCACAUGUGUGGAGCUGAUAGUUGUAGAACAAAUGAAUAAAUAUAAGGCUCGCCUCAAAGACAUCAGUAGCCUGGAAUUUGCUGAAAAUAAAGCAAAGACCAGGCUAUCACUGAUUCGUAGAUCAAUGAAACCUGUACUAAUUGCAGUUAGAUUUAUGAGCAUUACCCGCAGUUCAGUCUCGGGAAAAGGGCGUAUACACCGAGGAAACUAUCCAAGUCCAUCCUCCCCUGUUAUAGUCCGAUUGCCUUCCAUGUCUGAUGUCCCAGAAGAGACCUUGACUACUGAGACAGCCAUGGAAACUGACAUCACAGACCAGCAGCAAGCAGCAAUGCAGCAGGAGGAGAAAGUGCUGACCGAGCAGAUUGAGAACCUACAGAAAGAAAAGGAAGAACUAACAUUUGAGAUGCUUGUAUUGGAACCUCGUGCCUCUGAUGAUGAAACCCUUGAGUCUGAGGCUUCUAUUGGGACUGCUGAUAGCUCGGAAAAUUUGAAUAUGGAUUCUGAAGAGAGAAGUUUUGCCCUUAGCUCCCUGAAAGCCGCUGGCAAGUCUGAGCCUUCAAGCAAGUUGCGAAAGCAGCUAAGGAAGCAGCCAGACUCUCUGGACUCAGUCAGCUCCUCCGUUUCUCCAUGUCUGUCAAACACUACAUCAUCUCAUGGCACUAGAAAGCGAUUUCAGAUUUAUUCCAAGUCUCCAUUUUACCGAGCUGCCUCAGCUUGUGAGGCCCAGGGAACGGAAGGACCACUAGGCCAAGCCAAAUCCCUAGAAGACAGGCCUCAGUUCAUCAGCAGAGGAACCUUCAACCCUGAAAAGGGCAAACAAAAACUAAAGAAUGUGAAAAACUCACCUCAGAAAACCAAAGAGACCCCAGAGGGGACAGUCACAUCUGGCCGAAAGAAAACUGUGGACUCAGACUGCAGCUCCACACAGCAGCUACCACUGUUCGGAAAUAAUGAGUUUAUGGUCUAAUGGACAGAUGUGUCCCUACAUCUCAUCUUUGGGGCCUCUUCCGGUCACCUUGUUUGUAACAGUCCUAAUGGUCCUGCCUUGUUUUAGCAGACAGUUUAUGUGCUGGAUCACUGGGCUUCUGGCAGAAGUGGCCUCUUUGAAGUUUGCUAGGGAUCGGCCAGCUGUGCCUUGGCUGCUGUAUUUGAUUUGAGAUUCCACUAAACAAAGCCACCUGGGACCUGGGGUAUUUUGGCCAACAGUAGUUGCCUCUUGCCCACCUCCUUUUUCCUUCCCACAGAUAGUUGUUGAACUAGGGGGCUAUUGUGAUCCUGAGGGAUGCUCUCAUUUCUAGCAUUUAAAGAAACAUACAAACCUCUGUAAACUAUGAAAGCAAAAGCUUUUGAGUUUGUAUUGGAAUAGUUAGGAACUGUGAUAGAAUACAAAAGUUUCCCCAAGGAUUUAUAAGCAAAACACCUAAGCCCUCUAUUUUAAAUUUAAUUACAAAAUACUUGGUUAUAUUUUGGAAACAUAAACUAAUUUCCAUUAAGCCCAGAGUGUCUCAGCUAUCUGGUCAUAUUGUGAAGAGGCCAUGCUUUGUCUCUUGUUUAUAUUUGGUAUUAUAAUCAGUGCUGGUUUAACUCCUGGUUAAUUCCUGCCAAAUAUAUUUCAUGGGAUAAAGUUCUGGUAGCCAUACUGUACUGGUAUGCCCUGAUUAUUAGAUCAGACUCCUCUAGGUUUUUGUUUGUUUGUAAUACGUCACAGACACAUUUAGGUAAUUCCUAAAUGUGAAGGCAUCAUCCUGAUUGGUCCAGGCUUUUCUUUUUGUAUAGACUUAAACUGAAGACUGUAUCCGAGCCUGUUCAUCUGCUGGUGGAGUACCACCAUAGAUGUGACCAUGUCAUCACUUUUCUACGAGUACUCACAUACAACUUUGCAUGAGUGUUAUAGAAAAAGCUGCCAAAAGAAGCUUAGAAAGUUUUAAUAUGAUCUAUUUAAUUUUUGUCUUCUUUUCUCAGACCAUCAGUAUUAGAUGAGAAAAAAAAUCAAGGACUACUUGAAGCUAUUUUUGUUAAUGUUCUUGUUCCUGAAGUUUACUGUAAAUACACAUGUAUAGUAUGCCUAGUUCUUUUUAACCUUGUGCUUCCCCUUUAUUCCCAUGGAGUUUCUUCCUACAGAUAAGAGGCCAUUAGACAGGUGGUGAAAGCCAUUCACCCCUGGGGUGAGGGGUAAGUAAGGGCAUCUUUUCAUCACUGGUAGUUUCUAUAAGUUAUAAUGUCAGAAUCAUCAUGUACUAGCAAUUGUGGGAAUAGAACUCUGUUUUUGCUAUUUAUAAUGUUAUGUGAAGUGAAACAUGAUACCAUUUCUUGAGUAUGUGAAAUGUUUAUUUUUAAAGUCACUAAAUACAUUUUGUCUAACUACCACAUGCACUGUUACAAAAAGAGCUUUUUACCAUCUAUAACCUGAAUUUUAGUUUUCUUCUUCUUUUUUUUUUUUUUUUGGUUUGAAGUUAUGGGAAUAGAAGUCUUUUGUUAAGGCAAGGUCUCUCCUCUUACACAACACUGAACCUCAUGCCACUGUUGCAGUGGUCAUUGGCCGGCUCUGGAGACGAGACUUGGAGCAGUAUUUUGCACAGCAGCUCAUGGUGGCUGGAGUCUUCCCUCUCCCUGGUAUGGGUUCAUCGUUGAGACACAUGAAGGAAGCUUUGAAAAUCUCCCCAAUGAUGAUGGUCAUUCAUUAAAUGUUAACUUUUAUAUCCCUCAAGCAUUAACAAUAAGACUUUUGGAAACUGUUGUAAAGGAAACCAGCGUGGCUGUGAUACGAUGGGUGCUGCUUUGGGCCUUUCCGCUUACACAGUCUGGUUUAUGAUUUGGGGAAAGUAGCUGCUACUGGGUGGUAACUGUUGCUCUCCACUUGGCUCAGAACAGGUUCCUUUGUUUCAGAGGAAUGUCCUGGAACCCAGCACUUGACACACAUUCUCCCACCUAAAGUUUUACAGCUCACUUUUUUUUUUUUAAUUUCUAUAAAGUAAAUUUGAGGCUGCAGAAAAAAAAACUACCUACAUAGGUCACUUUGUAGGAACUAGGUAAUCACUAUUAAAGACUUUAUAAUUUUUUCUCAGGGACCUAAAACCUGAAUUGGAAUAAAGUUAAAUAAAACCUUUUUUUUUUUCAGUU